GUGUCUGGCUUCACAUCGUUCUGCCAAUCCCAACGAAAUGUAUUUUACAAUUAUAUCAAAUAUUUAUAAUAUACAAUAGAAAUGACCGAAAUUGAUCAAAAGAGAGCAGACUUGUGUAAUCGAGAUCAGACAGGAUGUUUUCUCUUGCCGCUGCAUAACUGUGUGUGUUUAUCUGUUACACGCGAUUAUUGAUCUCUUCUCAGCUAUAAAUCACACAACCUAAUUUAGUUUUCCGUACUAAAGAGAUGGAUGUGGAUGUGGUGAGUUUCUGUUUGCCCGGUCAUGGAGAUACCACACUGAAUAACAUGAACUCUCUGCGGUCACAUCAGCACUUCUGUGAUGUCACUAUUGUGGCGGGGGGCAGACGCACGUUCAGUGGUCACAAGGUCGUAUUGGCUGCUUGUUCUGCGUUUCUUAGGGACCAGUUUCUCCUGAACCCCUCAUCAGAGUUACAGCAGAUGUCGAUGUUGCACAGCUCAACAGUGGUGUGUGAACUCCUCCAGUCCUGUUACACAGAGAUGCUGCAGUUCAGUGCCAAAGAGAUUGUGAAUUACCUGACCGCAGCCAGCUACCUGCAGAUGGAGCAUGUAGUUGAGAAAUGUCGAGGAGCCCUGAGCAAGUACAUGCAACCCCGGUGUCACAGCCCGAUGACUUUUAAAACAGAAGACCCUCAGCCUAUGCCAGUGAUUGUCAGUGGAAGUUCCCAUUCAUUGGGAUCCAUGUCGCCCCCUUCUGAUACUGCAUCACUGCACCCUCACAGCUCUGGAAAGGAGCUCCAGGCUUCCGAUGCCAAAUACUUCAACAUUCAGCACAGAGAUGCCAGUGAUUUGUCUGUGCAUCAUGUUAGAGCAUCAGAACGGUCUGGCCAUUUAGAAGGAGAGCACGGUACUGAGAAUGACGUCUUUCAAGUACACAUUAGCGACGAACAUCAAGGCCUUGAGAAGACCUCUGGUGCUGGAGAGGGCAGAGAAGCUGUUGUCGUGUUAGACGACCACUGUCAAGACUUGGACUCGGGUGUGGAGGAACCCAGUAUGGAGGGUCGCUUGAAAGGAAACAGCCUGAGAGGAGCAGCCCGCAUGUGGAGGCGAAGACAUGGCGAGCACAGGGGAGGCAGAGGAGGAGGUUUCAAAUACAGGAAGCGGUACACUUACAAAGAUCGCAAACUUCUGGGUAACUAUCAGGAGGCUUGGCGCUUUCCAACCCCGGAUGAGAUCAUGGGGAAUUUCGGAGCAGACUUUGGGGCCGAUUUCCUAUCCAAUCAGCAUCUCGCAGACGGUUCCCUCCAUGCCGAGUACAGGGAGGGAGAGGUACAAGGGGAAGAGGGUCACUCUGAUGGGGGUCCUGCACGCUUUGUGGUGGAAGGUUCCAGCGGGGAGGAGGGAAUGGGAGUAAGGACACCUUCAAAUGAGCACAGCACUGCCGAUGAGUCAGUGGCAGUGGUGGGUUCCACUUCUUGCGUAACGGGAGCAGUCGUAUGUGAGCACUGCGGAGUGGCGUUUUCUUCAACACAAGACUUAGCUGUGCAUUCCCUGGCGACACACCGUCUAUACGUGUGUUCGUGCUGCGGGAAGAACUUCAGCCACUCCAGUAACCUCAACCGCCACAUGGUCGUGCACCGUGGGAUUGCCAAGCUCCACAGCUGCCCCCUGUGCCACAAGACCUUCACUCAGAAGUCAACACUGUGCGAUCACAUGAACCUCCACAGCGGGGAGCGCCCCCACGUGUGCGCGUACUGUCAUGUCAGCUUCGCACACAAACCUGCUCUGCGACGCCACCUGAAGGAGCAACACGGAAGGACCACUGCCCAAAACUACUUGGAGAUGCAGCGGAAUAAUGAGGGUGUGGCUGGAGGUAGAAUUUAAAUUGCAGAUAUGGGUGGUUACAGUUAAAGUGAACAUGAAAUAAAAAAUUUUACCUAUUUACUUUCUUAAAACAUGUCCCUGGUCUUAUUGUGUAAUUUAGAAGUGCAUAUUAUUCCAAAUAAAAAAUGCUGAACCUUAUUAACUUUCAUCAAAAUAUAAUUACUUGCUCUGCCUCUGAAACGUCUUUGCUUUCAGGUGAUGUCACCUUGACCGUGUGGGUGUGCUACAAGUUAAUGUUAACCAAUGUUAUUACACAGCUUUCUAGAAUGCUCGAUUCUGAUUGGUCAAUUGUGCCAUCCAGUGGUCUGAUAUGAAAGAGAUAUCAGACCGGUCAUCUGGGUAUUUGCAAGUCAUCUUUCCUACUUCUCGUAUUUCUCUG